AUCAUCGAGCAUAAUGGAUGGCACGUAAAUCUGUUCGAGAUCGAAGUGGGUGCACGUGGAUAUUGCUCUCUGUCAGCCGUCAGGAAAUUAGGCGACAUUUGUUUAAAAACAUCCUGCAUUUGGCUAUCCAGGAACUCAAUUACGUUGAACCAAGGCAGCUGCAAUCUUGUGCCAGGCUCUACAUCUGUGCCUACCCCUCUAUUGCCAAAGGUUACAAGCCCGCAGCAACAACAACAGCAUCAACAACGAAGGCCAACUGUGGAUAAAAGUCACUCACACCCGGACCCAGAACCGCCUACCAACAGCACUCCAGCAAAACCAACUCAUGCUGGUCUGAUUAAUAAAGGGAAUACAUGCUAUGCUAAUUCUAUCCUGCAAGCAUUAUCUGUAACUCCUGCACUUUGGUCACAAAGUGCAUCGGAGUCCUCUUUUGUUUCCCCCCUGGCCAAGUCCGUCUUGCUGACUAUGUCUCUGUUGUCUAAAUCCACCUCAGUUGUAGACCCUUCCGCCUUUCUCCAAGCGUUACAACGUAAGAUGUCCAAUGCUAGGAACAACCCAUUCAAUAUUAACACACAGCGGAUGUUCCUGAGAUUCUACCUCAUGUAUUAAACGAGUUGACAGGGCCAUCAGUUAUCGCUAACAAUAUUAUUACCAACAAAGUAACUACAACAAUAUCUUGUAAUUCAUGCCUCUUGUCUUCCAGUAGGGAGGAAAGUAUGUCCAUUCUGCCACUCCCUGUUUCAAACAACAUAACAGGCUCCAUUAAAGCUUUUUUGCAACCAGAAUAUAUGUCUGGAAAUGACAGAUGGAUGUGCCCACAGUGCUCUUCCCUUCAAGACAGUACCCGGGAAACUGUCUUCAACCAGUGUGGAGAUAUACUGAUCAUCCAACUGAAAAGGUUUAACUGUAUCCAAGGAAGAUCUGUGAAAAAUAAUAAAUUUGUUUCUUGCCUCGCCCAAGGUCACGACUCCCUAAAAGUUUAUUCCCAUCCUGCGGAGAAUAUAUCAUUCACAAACCAAUAUAAAUUAACCGCCACUGUUAAUCAUUCAGGCACACUGGCGGCUGGUCACUACUGGGCUUUCAUAAAAGAUCAGGGUGUUAAUACAUGGUUAAAAUGUGAUGAUAGGGCAGUGAUUAGUGUCAAACCAUCUGAUCUAGAUAACUCCACAGUGUAUGUGUUAUUUUUUGUCAAAAGUACAUUAUAUCAAAAGGGGGAGGGAUCUCUUUUUCCUAGCAGUUUGAAAUUACCCCUGCUGUGUGUUUUACAUACAGUUUACCGUUAUUCACGAGUUCGCUCACUCGCCGCUUUCCUAGAAAGCAAUUAUAAGAAGCUUAGCAAGGGGGCUUGGCAAUUGCCUUGUCUUUGGGUGUAACGACCCCAGUUAUAACCCCAGUUCCGUAGGGAGGCUAAGUUGGCUCACUUAGUCUACAGGGUUAACGAUCCUGCUAUACCUGAUGUUUCGAAGAAGCUAUAUAAGGGGUUUUCAUUUCUAUCUUUCUUGUUUCCGUGACUUUACAUCAACGUUCAUUACUCCACUGUCUUCAGGCUGGUCCUGACUUACGGCUGGUCCUGACUUACGGCUGGUCCUGACUUACGGCUGGUCCGAAGCAAAUGGCUGGUCCAAAGCGACAACUACCCGUGUAAGGCUGAGUGUUGGGAUCCCGUAACACAUGUGGAAAGCUACUGCCAGGUUCACAAGUCCUGGCGCUCGGGUGGUUGUCUACUCAUAUUUAUAGUUUUAUAUUUAUUUAUUUAUUUUUAUAGUAAAUUCUUUGUUGUAUUGUUGUCGUUAUGUCUGUCUUCUGUUUUCAUGUUGUCAGUUUUUGUGUACCGACCGUUAGUUGUACGUAUUGUAUUGUGUAGAGAGGGUUGUUUGGUUCAAUUACCUUGAAUCUACAGAUUAUCCUUGCAAAAAGGGAGAUCUUGCAUUGCGUUUUGAACUUUAGAGGGUGUAACCUCUACAGUUUUAACUUCAAGGGUCGUUAGACCAGUUCCAUCAUCACAGCUUGCUGUCUUGUUAUCUCAAAAUCAUCGUACGUUAUAAAGUUAAUUCUUUAGAUUAGAAUUGAGUUAUAAGUUGAGGGCAAAAAAUUUACCAAAAGUCGUAAAUUCAUUCAACCUUUGUAAAUCAUGCAUGAAACAAUACUUGUUUUCACUUCCAUAUAACAGUUUUCCAGCACAGCUUUCAUAGAAAAGGGUUACCUGUUACUGCGCGUUGUUGUUCGGUUCACAUAAAAAGACAGAAUUUUGUAAGAUUCAACAGUUUCUUUCCAAUAAUAAUGUACAAAUCCUCAAAAUCCGUAGUAAACUGUUCUCGCUGUUCACAACGCUAAGCAAUUGUUUUACACAGAAAUACAACUCUUUUUAUACACAAAAGUGACACAAAAACAUAACAAUUACUGCACAGCUACGAUACGCACGACUAACACACACAAUGACAUUAGCGCACCACAAGGGACAACUCAAACACACAAACUAUAAUUGUCUCUAAACGAAAUCCCAUAGGGGCCAUUUCAUAUGGCUCCCCUCAAGUUCAUCUUGAAAAUUGUGGCUCCUCGUCGGGGAUUCGAUAUUCUAACAAUUGUAUCAAUUUCGUGAUUGGUCGAUCCAAUAUUGUACCAGCACGGCUACCAAGCUUCACGCUACAACUCCGAACCUUUCCAUCUGCACCCGUUUUUACAGCCACCACUCUUGCCAGUGGCCACCGUCCUCUUUCACAAUCCUCAUUUUGCACCAUCACUAUAUCACCGGCAGCAAAAUUUCGUUCGUUUUUAUUCCACUUUGUUCGUGUCUGUAGUGAACACAGAUAUUCGCAUUUCCAUCGUCUCCAGAACAUAUCCAACACAUACUGAGCUC